UAGGUACAGUGUUCCUCCAGUUGCCCUACUCUAAGCGCAAGUAUCCCAGCGGGCAGCAGCGACGCCGACGCAACUCCACCACCUCGGCCACCCAGAGCCUGUUUGGGGCCGAGGAGCACGUGGGCUACUACUGGGCCUACAACACCAUGCUGACCAAAGCCUGGCGCACGGGCCUGCUCGGGGACGAGAGGCUGGGCGAGAGGCUGCUCCGAGACUUCACCGACUUCUGUGCAAACAAGGACAACCGGCUGGUGGCCUUCUGGGAGAGUUGCCUGGAGAAGAUGAACUCUAGUGCUCCAUAAUGGAUGAGACAGACGGAAGGGAUGGAUGGAUGGAUGGAUAGAUGGAUGUGAAAGUCAUGGAACUGCUCUCCUGUGUCAUUUAUGAACGGAGGACUUCAGUGGAUAGACAGCUGCCAAAUACUGAAAAGUGUGUGUGUGUGUGUGUGUGUGUGUGUGUGUGUGUGUGUGUGUGUGUGUGUGUGUGUGUGUGUGUGUGUGUGUGUCUGUGUCUGUGUCUGUGUCUGUGUCUGUGUGUGUCCUGUCUACACUAUAUCAGUAUUACUGUGAGAAAGACACAGAAAGACUAUAUAUGUGUGUGUUUGUAUGCGUGUGUUGUGCCUAAGACUGAAGACUGCCUGCUGAUGACGUUGGGAUGUAACUGGCUUCAGGUUCUGCUGCUAAUUUCCCUUUAUGGUGUGACAAAUUAAUGGAAGCCUUUAACAAAUAACAGUAAAGAUCAAUUAAUUUACCUUCAGGCAUGUUGACUAUGUUUACAAUUACACACUGUGGAUUUUAUUCCAUCACUUUUCACAGUUCUGCAGGUUUAUAUCUCUGAAAAUCCUACAAGACUCUGUUUGGUCUUCACCAUGAACUAAUGUAAUAUAUUAAAUUAACAGCGAAGCUGGCCAUCUAGUUAGGUUAUGUAACAGACGUUUCAUGUCAAACCCAAGUUAAUUUCAGAGCUACAUCUAUUUAUUUGUUUACUUGUUUGUUUAUUUGUUUGUUUAUUUGUAGCAGUGCCUUUAGAGAAGUGCCAGAGGCCAUGCAGUAGUAGCCUCGGCAUGACAUGAUAUACACCAGCUACUGUAUUGAUGUUACCCGUCAUGUUGGAAGAGGCCUUAACAAGUAUUGUUCAAACAAAUCUACUCCAAAUUAGUCAGUUUAAAUGCUCAAAUUAAACAUCUGUAUAUAAUUGGCCUAGUGUAUAUUGGAAAGACAGGAAAUAGCCAUUGUUUUAUUUAUUUAUUUUAUUUUCUAUAAAAAAUGCAUUUAUUACCUUUUAUGUGUAAUUUGUGAAACUGGAAAUAUAUCUUAGGCUGAUAAUUAUGCCAUAUAGCCUUACCAAUGAAAAUAUAUUUGCAUGUGGCCUACACCGAAUCAGUGGUAAGGUCAUUUACCCAUUUCUGUGUGUGGUCAGCGGCCAUUGUUGGACAAGCAGCAGCAUCCUUUUGGUCGCGGAUGCAACACAACCGUUGGGGGUGGUGUGUCAGUGAGAGUGCGCUUACAAGCGGUACCCUCCACGCAUGCGCUAUCAGCUGCUGCAACAAGGGAGAAUGCAGCAAGCCGCACUGCGCAGGUGCGUGCCUGCAGCGCAUGCAGCUAUUUUUAGCAAGUGACGUCAUCAUGAAAUAUCAGCCAGCGCUUCAGCGCCCCCCAACCCCCCUCUUUUCAGUCGGAGAUUGACAGUCAGGACGUUUGCAGCAAGAACAGCAGCACCCGACGGUCGACAGCGGAGGCGAGCCUCAGCAGCCAGCCAUCGGGCAGAGAGUGUGUGUGUGUGAGAGAGAGUGAGUCGGGCGAGGCUUGGAGGAGUGGGUUGGACUCGUUGGACUCGGGAGGGUUGAGUGUGUCACUGCACUUUCUGUACGCCAAGGCUUGGAGCUGUCCUCUGGAUACACUGGCUUGCUGGUUAACCCACACGUGAGUGUCGGGAACAGGGGGAAAACUCGUUCUCCAGCUGCCUGCAUAUUGUCCAGCACAACGUAGCCUUUGGUCAGCGCACAAACGAUUUCAGACCAAAUCAGUGGUCAGUCGUGAAGGAAACGUGAAAAGAACGUUCUAGUAAAGUGUUGAGCAUCCUCGCGCUUGUGCACAUCUCACAGAAUGGCUGACCGGGAGCAGCUGAUUCAGAGAGCCCGCUUGGCUGAGCAGGCAGAGCGCUACGAUGACAUGGCCUCCGCCAUGAAACUGGUGACUGAACUGAGCGAGCCACUCUCCAACGAGGACCGCAACCUGCUGUCGGUGGCCUACAAGAACGUGGUAGGCGCGAGGCGCUCGUCCUGGCGUGUCACCUCCAGCAUCGAGCAGAAGACGGCCACCGACGGCAACGAAAAGAAGCUGGAGCUGGUGCGCGCCUACCGUGAGACCAUCGAGAAGGAGCUGGAGGCCGUGUGUCAGGAUGUCCUCAACCUGCUCGACCAGUUCCUCAUCAAGAGCUGCGACGAGACCCAGAUGGAGAGCAAGGUGUUCUACCUGAAGAUGAAGGGCGACUACUACCGCUACCUGGCCGAGGUGGCCACGGGCGAGAAGCGCUCCGGUGCCGUGGAGUCCUCCGAGGGCGCCUACAAGGAGGCGUUCGAGAUCAGCAAGAGCAUGGCCGCCACGCACCCCAUCCGCCUGGGCCUGGCGCUCAACUUCUCCGUCUUCUACUACGAGAUCCAGAACGCGCCCGAGCAGGCGUGCCAGCUGGCCAAGGAGGCGUUCGACGAGGCCAUCGGCCACCUGGACAAUCUGAACGAGGACUCCUACAAGGACUCCACGCUCAUCAUGCAGCUGCUGCGAGACAACCUGACGCUCUGGACCAGCGACCAGCAGGACAGCGAGACCGGAGACGCCAAUCCCUGAAGGCCAGAGAGAGAGGGAAAGAAAGAAAGGAAGGAAGGGAGGGAGGAAGCGAGAGAGUGAGAAAGAAAGAUGGAAAGAACGAGAGCGAGAACAAGCGUGUUUUUCCUUCCCUUCUUCCCCAUACAUUCAUCAUCCUACCCCACCUGAGAGUGUCCCUCAUCUUGUCCCUCAGUGUCCCUGUCCUUUCUCAAUGCAGUAAGCUGCAUUAGCCAACCUCCUCUUCCUCACCCCCCCCCCCUCCUUGUCAUGCUCUCUUACUCCUCCCCCCCACUCCUGUUACACUUCCUCCUCUGCUCCUCCUCCUGCUCUGUUCUCUUUGUGUGAUGCUCCCCAAAACUCGAUCUCAGUGUUAUUUAUUUACGUUCUCUGCUCCUCUCUCCUUCUUCUUCUACUCCUCUUCCUCCUCCUUCUCCUCCUCCUCUUUCUGCGCUGCUUGGUUUGUCUCUGAUUUUUUUUUUAAUGCUGUCCCCCUCUGUCUCUCUCACCCUGAUAUACCCCUCUCCAAAUCUGUGCUCUUGUUCAUUUUUCAUGGCUUUCUAGUCUGUGGUCUUUUUUCCCCAAAUCUCUGUGCUGUGUAGCCUUAUCCUGCCACCCAUCCUUUCCUCUUCCUUUCCAAGUGAGCAAGGCGCUCUCUUAACCUAGUGUUCCUGUGAAGACCUUCUCAUGUGUUGGAGCCCUUUCCUAAAAAAUGGGUCCCUCGUAACACAUAAUACAGGCCAAGGUGUUUCCGUAGACCUAAGAUGGCCACGUGCCAAACAAGAAAAAUGAAUUAAAAUCAAGACAACCAUCACACAAGUGUGUUAAUGUACACCCUUCCCCCCCAAACCCAAAAUUCCAUACCCUCUAAUCCAAUACCCCAUGAUCUUUCUAAUGUGCUGUCUGCUGUCCAUCUCUUUGACCUCUGACCUUUACACUUUGACCCCAUGUGUAUACACUGCUGUCCCUUGUGAAUUGUGUAAGGCACCUGUGCUUAGAGCAGCUGAUCCCCUGAGUCUGAUGUUGUUAUGGGGGAGCCCUCUCAUGCAACACAGUGGUGUAAGAGCAUUUUUGCUUUUGGUUGUAUGGAUUUGGAUGUUUUUGUUUGUUUGUUUCUCUCUUUUUUGGCAUUUGUUUGUUUCUUUUUAUUAAUUUAUUUGUUAUGAUUAUAAUUAUGAUACUGCGAGGUCAUGAAAGAAUGCCAUUAAAGACAUUGCCUACCA